CAUCCUCACCCUCAUACGCACAGCGCGCGCACAGAGACACCGCUCACUUCAAUAAUGGCGACCGCCACAAGAUCCGCUCGGUCGUGGAGGGUGGUUUUCGUCAUGGUGGCGGCCGUGGUGGUCGGUUUGGCGGCGGGCCAGAGGGCGAGGAGGACGGAGCUGGUGCCGGCGAUGUUCAUAUUCGGGGACUCCCUCAUCGACAACGGCAACAACAACAACCUCCCUUCCUUCGCCAAGGCCAACUACUUCCCCUACGGCAUCGACUUCAACCGGGGCCCCACCGGCCGCUUCUGCAACGGCUACACCAUGGUCGACGAAAUAGCUGAGCUCGUGGGGCUUCCCCUGAUCCCAGCAUACUCGGAAGCUUCUGGACAGCAGCUGCUUCAUGGAGUCAACUAUGCUUCUGCCGCUGCCGGGAUCCUCGAUAUCACCGGCAGAAACUUUGUUGGUCGCAUACCCUUUGACCAGCAAAUAACCAACUUCCAGAGCACGCUCGAUCAGAUCACAGAUAAUCUGGGAGCAGAUGAUGUGGCUCGGGCUCUCGCUCGGUGCUUGUUCUUUGUGGGAAUGGGCAGCAAUGACUACUUGAACAACUAUCUCAUGCCCAAUUAUGAUACCAAAAAUCAGUACAAUGGCCAACAGUUUGCUGAUCUCUUGGUCCAACAGUACACUCGCCAGCUCACUACCCUGUACAACCUUGGAGCCAGAAAGUUCAUAAUUGCUGGUAUUGGAGAGAUGGGGUGCAUUCCUAGCAUAUUGGCACAAAAUGAAGCUGGAAUCUGUUCAGAAGAAGUUAACAGACUUGUUCAACCCUUCAAUGCCAAUGUAAAGACGAUGAUCAACAACCUCAAUGUCAACUUGCCGGGUGCCAAAUUCAUCUACAUCGACAUUGCUCGCAUGUUCCAAGAUAUCGUCACUAAUGCUAGAUCUUAUGGAUUUAGCGUCGUGGAUCGUGGGUGCUGCGGCAUCGGGAGGAACAGCGGACAGAUCACGUGUCUUCCAUUCCAAACACCAUGUGCGAACCGAAAGCAGUAUGUGUUCUGGGACGCUUUUCACCCAACUGAAGCAGUGAAUGUGAUUAUGGGGAGGAAGGCUUUUAAUGGCGAUCCUAGCAUCGUCUAUCCUAUUAACAUUGAACAGCUUGCUAAUCUCUGAAAUUGACCUCAGAGAAAGAAGAAACA